AUGGAUUUGUAUCUGAUUGGAUAUUUGAUGUGUGUGUGGUUGUCCAGCUCGCGGGUGCUUGGAGGCUAUCCCAUCUGGUGGUCCCUGGCCCUCGGGCAGCAGUACUCCUCUCUGGGCUCCCAACCCAUCCUGUGCGGCUCCAUCCCCGGCCUGGUGCCCAAGCAGCUGCGCUUCUGCCGCAACUACAUCGAGAUCAUGCCCAGCGUGGCGGAAGGUGUGAAGCUGGGGAUCCAGGAGUGCCAGCACCAGUUCAGAGGCCGGCGAUGGAACUGCACCACCAUCAAGGACAACCUCGCCAUCUUUGGCCCGGUGCUAGAUAAAGCCACCAGGGAGUCAGCGUUUGUGCACGCCAUCGCCUCGGCCGGCGUGGCCUUCGCCGUGACCCGCUCCUGCGCCGAGGGCACGUCCACCAUGUGCGGCUGCGACUCCCACCACAAGGGCCCCCCCGGCGAGGGCUGGAAGUGGGGCGGCUGCAGCGAGGACGCGGAGUUUGGGGUCCUGGUUUCCCGAGAGUUCGCCGACGCCAGAGAGAACCGCCCUGAUGCUCGCUCGGCAAUGAACCGGCACAACAACGAGGCCGGACGCACGACCAUCCUGGACCACAUGCACCUGCGCUGCAAAUGCCACGGCCUGUCGGGAAGCUGCGAGGUGAAGACGUGCUGGUGGGCGCAGCCGGACUUCCGCAUGCUGGGCGACUACCUGAAGGACAAGUACGACAGCGCCUCGGAGAUGGUGGUGGAGAAGCACCGGGAGUCGCGCGGCUGGGUGGAGACGCUGCGGGUCAAGUACGCCUUCUUCAAGCAUCCCACCGAGCGCGACCUGGUCUACUACGAGGGCUCGCCCAACUUCUGCGAGCCCAACACGGAGACGGGCUCGUUCGGGACCCGCGACCGGGUGUGCAACGUGUCGUCCCACGGCAUCGAGGGCUGCGACCUGCUGUGCUGCGGCCGCGGACACAACACCCGGACUGAGAAACGCAAGGAGAAGUGCCACUGCAUCUUCCACUGGUGCUGCUACGUCAGCUGCCAGGAGUGCGUGCGCGUGUACGACGUGCACACGUGCAAGUGA